GACACCUUCACGGCUCAAUCAUUGGCGGCGCUCCAGUGUUGGGGCCAAUCAUCGGUCAGCGAAAGCGGCCUGGACCCAGCCAAGCGACAGAAGCGCGAACCUCCCAAGCGAGGCCGAGUGACAGAGGACAAGGACCCCUCCAUGAGGGAUGCAAUGCGCCUCAUGGCCAGUUUGGUCCUACGCCACGAGCAGGACCUUCAACAAGUGGCUCGUCAGGACACAUUCUUGCUCUUCUUGGUGCCAAGUCAGGAAGGUUGUGUACCCCUGCUGCACCUGGCCCACAAGGAGUGGUCGGAUGCCAAGGAGCGAACUCUGACCCUGAGGGCCCACUUGGUUUUGCAGCUACUGCGGGAGCUUCAACGACGGCUGCUGAAGCUGAUGACGGGCGGAGACCAAUGUCAGAUAAGAGCCCAGUUGGUCAAGAACGGCGUGCUGCUCGAGGACCACACCUGGCCCUUCCUACAAUGGGAUUCCCGCGACAAGCGGCUUGUCUUGAACAAGACAAAGCAGGCCAUGACCAUGUCCCAGGCCCAGGAACUGCUGGAGGAGUUGCUGAGUCUGGUCAAGCAGGACGAUGCGAUCCAGAAGUUCCAUGCCAUGGGGAAGCCUCAGGAAGGAAAGAGCCAACCCUGGAAGCUACAGAUUGGACUACGGCAGGAUCGACUCCAUGGGCUGUUGACCGGCUCCAGUCACUCGAGUCUGUGGCAGAUCCUGGGCAUUCAGCUCAAACCUCACUCCCAGCGGAUGUCUCCUCUGGGGAUCAAGCUGCAGGAGGUGCUCAAGCAGAUGUAG